CACAUUUAAAGAUAUUUCCUUGUCGUUUUUCCUCCAUACUCUGUCUCGCUGGACACCAAAUGGGAGGGACUUAAGUGUGCAUCACCUAGGGGGGAAUACUAAUGAACUCUUCACUAAGGAAAAAAAACACAGCCUGGAAAACAUUACUUUUAACCUGAAUGUAGUUUUUACCUUUUUUUUGUCCCUCGUGUGGUGGAGUUACUGCGCGUACUGAACCGGGCGGUGUUUUAUACUGAGUAAGUACAUUUAGGCCUGAUAACUUUGACGCAUAUUUCUCUCCUCUGUCUGAGCCAAAAGCAGCAUUUUCCGACUCCCACGAAUAUGUCCAGCUGCAGAUUUCAUUAUCACCUCCGCGGAGGAAAAAAACACACCUGGAUACCGUCGGCGUGAUGUUGUAAGUUGAGACAAAAAAGUGACAUUUGUGGCGCAGUUUCGUCAGUUUGGGUGUAGAGUCUUUGAAGAAUGCGACGUUAUAGGAAACCAUGGUCUAUGGGUGGAGACGACAAAACUUACCCUUCAGCAUUUUCAACCCUCCCUGUCAGAGAGCAGAGCAGCUGCAGCGUGCGACAACAGCGCAAUGGCGAGUCCGGAGGACGUGAUCGAGCCGGUGGCAAAAAGCUCAGCGGCCCAAAAGCUGGGCAGAAGGCGCUUUAUGCACGACAUCCAGAGCCUGAGUCCAGACGAGAUAGAUGGCCUCAUGUCUAGCAGCGAGGGUCGGCCUUUCCUCGUGGUGCAUCAUCUUCCUGAGCUGAAAGACGAGGGAGUGCCAAUGCUAAUGCCUGGUACUCCUGUUACAUGCAGAGUGGACAACACAGAGAAAUACACUACUCGCUCUAAGGUCCGUGUGGGCACCCUGUACACAGUACGGCUGACGCACGGUCAUUUCCACUGGACAGUGAAGAGGAAGUACAAGCACUUCCAGGAGCUGCAUCGAGACCUCUACAAGCACAAGAUGAUGAUUCACUUGCUGCCUCUGGGAAGGUUUGCAAAGGACAGGCACCAGCUGAGAGCCAUGUCAGAGGAAAUGCCCAGCCUGCACGGGACUGAACGCACCCGAAGGACCUCAAGCAAAAUGAAAUACCUUGAGGAGUACCUGAACGGUCUGCUGGAUAAUGUGUUUUGUAGGAACGACCACAGCAUGCUUGAAUUCCUCUCUGUGGGCGCACUCUCCUUCGUCACUGAUCUUGGACCCAAAGGCUUGGAGGGACCCAUCUUCAAGAGGUCAGGCGGACACCGGAUUCAAGGCCUGAACUGCAUCGGCCACCAUCAGAUCUGUUUCCGCUGGUCCCGGCGCUGGCUGGUGGUCAAAGACUCCUUCCUGCUGUACAUGAACAGAGACAACGGCAGCAUCAACUUUGUGCUGCUGUUUGACCCCGAGUUCAAAGUGAAAGUGGGCCGCGCUUACACAGACACCAAAUAUGGAGUCUGCAUUGAGAACUUCACUCGGAGCCUGAUCAUCAAAUGCAGCAGCUAUAGACAGAUUCAUUGGUGGAGUCAUGAAAUCAACCGGUUGGCAGAAACCUGUGACUUUCUCAAAGAGCAACGCUUUGGCUGCUUUGCUCCGCCGAGAGAAAACAUGCUCACUAAAUGGUAUGUGAAUGGAAGUGGAUACUUUGAAGACCUGGCUGAUGCGCUUGAACAAGCAAAGGAGGAAAUCUUCAUCACAGAUUGGUGGCUCAGCCCUGAAGUUUUCCUCAAGAGACCAGCAGCUGAUAACUACUGGCGUCUGGAUCACAUACUCAAACGCAAAGCGGAACAAGGGGUCAAAGUGUGCGUCCUGCUGUACAAAGAGGUGGAGAUGGCCCUCGGCAUCAACAGUGAGCACAGCAAGAGGACUCUUAUGAAUAUGCACCCAAACAUCAAGGUGAUGCGUCAUCCUGACCACGUCUCCUCUGUGGUGUUCCUGUGGGCUCACCAUGAAAAGAUGGUGGCCAUUGACCAAACAGUGGCCUUUGUGGGGGGGAUUGACCUGGCGUUUGGGAGGUGGGACAAUAGCCAGUACCGGCUGACUGACUUGGGUUUGAAGGAGAAGGCUGCCGGUGAAACGGACGAGGCCCUGAAAGCAGAUACAGUGGACAAUGGUGGAGCUGAUGGUCAAAAACCCUCUGAACCAGAUAAGCAAGCAGAGCAGGACCCCGGGGAUCUGACUGGCAACACUAAACUGUGGCUUGGCAAAGACUACAGCAACUUUAUCUGGAAAGACUGGGUCCAACUGGACAGACCGUUUGAAGAUAACAUCGACCGUACUCAAGUUCCUCGCAUGCCGUGGCGUGAUCUGUCUGCGGCUACUCAUGGCAGCGCUGCCAGGGACGUGGCCCGCCACUUCAUCCAGCGCUGGAACUUCACCAAGAUCUUCAAAAACAAGUACAAGGACGACUUCUACCCUUACCUCCUCCCUAAGUCCCAGUGUACUGCUGACAACCUCACAUACAUUGUGCCUGGGUCCACAAAGGCCAAAGUGCAGGUGCUGCGCUCUGCCGAUCGCUGGUCUACUGGAACCUGUGAGAGCUCAAUCCUCAACGCUUACAUCCACACCAUCGAAAACAGCGAGCACUACAUCUACAUCGAGAACCAGUUCUUCAUCAGCUGUGCCGACGGGAAAACUGUCUACAACAGGAUCGGUGAUGCGAUUGUGGAGCGGAUCUUGCGUGCACACAGAGAGCAGAAGAAGUACAGAGUGUUCGUGGUGGUUCCUCUGCUUCCUGGGUUCGAGGGAGACAUCAGUGCAGGAGGUGGAAAUGCCAUCCAAGCGAUUCUGCACUUCACUUACAGGACCAUGUGCCGAGGGGAGCACUCCAUCCUGGCAAGACUUAGUGAAGUUAAGGACCAGUGGACUGAAUACAUCUCAUUCUGCGGCCUGAGAACACACGCCCAGCUCUCCCAGUCGCUCGUCACAGAGCUCAUCUACGUUCACAGCAAGACUCUCAUUGCUGACGACCGCUGCUAUAUCAUUGGAUCGGCCAACAUCAACGACCGCAGCAUGCUGGGCAGCAGAGACAGUGAGAUGGCUGUGUUUGUGGAAGACGAAGAGAGGGUCCCGUCCGUCAUGGGAGGGGAGGAGUACCAGGCGGGACCCCUCACACUCGCUCUGCGCAAAGAGUGUUUCGGAGUCCUCGUUGGAGCUUCUUCAGACCCCAGCAUCAAUAUUGAAGAUCCAAUCAGUGAUGAGUUCUUCUUCUUGGUCUGGAACGCAGCUGCUAAACAGAAUGCCAUCAUUUAUGACAAGGUCUUCAAAUGCCUGCCCUACAACUCAGUCCACAACAUGCGGGUGCUGAAGGAGUACACCGGCGAGGAGCGACUCUGCGACACAGACCCCGAAAAGGCCGCAGAGGAGCUGAAGGCGAUCAGGGGGCUGCUGGUCCACUAUCCCCUGAGGUUCCUGUGUGAGGAGAACCUGUUACCUCCUUUGGGCACCAAAGAGGGCAUGGCUCCUGUAGGGCUGUGGACGUAACCACAGCUCCGGACCACUACGUGACAGUUUAAAGGGCUGCUGUACCACAUGCUCCAUAAUCACAUGGUCAGCGCUGCACACUAAAGUAGUUAUAGCACUGGCACUUCAACGGUGAGGAAAAGAUAUGACUCAUAAGACCUUUUCACACAUGCCCACCUGAAAAUCUCAGAACGCA